ACCGUCGGAUCUAUUUUAACCUGAUCGAACGGUCAGAAACACCUCUAGAAACUAGAACAUUCUCGAAACAUCUUUAGUCUUUAGCAUUUAUAUAAAGCUAUAAACCCAAAACUUGAACGUUCAUCCUUCAUCACUAAAUCUGAUAUUCUCUGCUCAAAGCUUUUCGUCUAUCUUUUUCACUAAAAGCUCUUCUCUGCUAGUUUGAUUUGAUAAUGGCGGGUAGAGGAGAAGGUCCAGCGAUCGGAAUCGAUCUCGGUACAACCUACUCUUGCGUCGGAGUAUGGCAACACGACCGUGUCGAGAUCAUAGCUAAUGAUCAAGGCAACCGAACGACGCCGUCUUACGUCGCCUUCACCGACUCCGAGAGGUUAAUCGGUGAUGCAGCCAAGAAUCAGGUCGCCAUGAACCCAGUUAACACCGUCUUCGCCACAAAGGACGCCGGUGUGAUCGCUGGCUUGAACGUUUUGCGUAUCAUCAACGAGCCAACCGCAGCAGCCAUCGCUUACGGCCUUGAUAAGAAGGCGACGAGCGUUGGAGAGAAGAACGUUUUGAUCUUUGAUCUUGGUGGUGGUACUUUCGAUGUCUCUCUUCUCACCAUCGAAGAAGGUAUCUUUGAAGUGAAGUCUACUGCUGGAGACACUCAUCUUGGUGGUGAGGACUUUGACAACAGAAUGGUUAAUCACUUUGUUCAAGAGUUUAAGAGGAAGAACAAGAAGGAUAUUAGCGGUAACCCGAGAGCUCUUAGGAGGUUGAGAACGGCUUGUGAGAGAGCAAAGCGGACUCUUUCAUCCACCGCGCAAACCACUAUUGAGAUUGACUCUCUCUUUGAAGGAAUCGACUUUUAUUCUCCGAUCACUCGCGCAAGAUUUGAGGAGCUUAACAUGGAUCUCUUUAGAAAGUGUAUGGAGCCUGUUGAGAAGUGUCUCCGUGAUGCUAAAAUGGACAAGAGCACGGUUCAUGAUGUUGUUCUUGUUGGUGGUUCUACGCGUAUCCCUAAAGUUCAGCAGCUUCUACAAGAUUUCUUCAAUGGUAAAGAGCUCUGCAAGUCUAUUAACCCCGACGAGGCCGUGGCUUACGGUGCAGCGGUUCAGGCCGCGAUUCUGACUGGUGAAGGGAACGAGAAGGUGCAAGACCUUCUCUUGCUUGAUGUCACACCUCUCUCUCUCGGUCUUGAAACAGCAGGUGGAGUUAUGACCACUUUGAUACAGAGGAACACAACGAUACCGACCAAGAAGGAACAGGUCUUCUCUACUUACUCUGACAAUCAACCAGGUGUUUUGAUCCAAGUGUACGAAGGUGAGAGAGCAAGAACCAAAGACAACAACCUUUUGGGAAAGUUCGAGCUCUCCGGUAUCCCUCCGGCUCCACGUGGCGUCCCUCAGAUCACGGUCUGUUUCGACAUUGAUGCAAACGGUAUCCUCAAUGUCUCCGCCGAGGACAAGACCACGGGGCAGAAGAACAAGAUUACAAUCACUAACGACAAAGGUCGUUUGUCUAAAGACGAGAUUGAGAAGAUGGUGCAAGAAGCUGAGAAGUACAAGUCUGAAGAUGAAGAGCAUAAGAAGAAGGUUGAGGCCAAGAACGCUCUUGAGAACUACGCUUACAACAUGAGGAACACGCUCCGUGAUGAGAAGAUUGGUGAGAAGCUUCCUGCUGAAGACAAGAAGAAGAUUGAAGAUUCGAUUGAGGAAGCGAUCCAGUGGCUUGAUGGGAACCAAUUGGCUGAAACGGAAGAGUUUGAAGAUAAGAUGAAAGAGCUGGAGAGUGUUUGCAGUCCGAUCAUCGCUAAGAUGUAUCAAGGAGGAGCUGGUGGUUUUGCUGCCGAUGAUGAAGCUCCUCCUUCUUCCGGCGGUGCUGGCCCCAAAAUCGAAGAAGUCGACUAA